UUCGGUCAGGCAUCGGCCAUCGCGCGUCGGAGACGCGCGGACACUCGAAUGGUCGGGCGCCAAGUCCCAGCUGUCCUCUUUUCUUUCUGGAAUAUUAAGCACCACUAGGACGUCGUCAGUCUGGGCAAGGCGUUACUACGAUCAACUUAUACGUACCUUGUCCCAAGUAUCGUAGCGAUACGUCGUCUCUUUCGUCUUCUCCUUGGUCAUGACCGUGAAAAAAUUUUUACUCAAUUCGCAAUAGACGCUCGAUGCGAACGGUAGAAAAGAACGGUUUUCCUGUUGUUUUUUUCGCUAAUCGAACUAAUUAUAGAUAACAAUAACAGUAACAACACUCGCUAAAAAUGUUUACCUCCGUGAGGUUAGCGUACUGCUUUUCAGUGAUUGUAAUCGUAGCUGGUCAUGUGCAACAAACACCCGGGAAGCAGAUUAACAGAGGGAAAAAUUUCUUCGGAUUAUUCGGCAAUAAGCCACCGCAAACGGACGACCCUCCAGAAAAAUGCUUUUGCAGCUGUGGCGUACGAAACGAGGAGAGCCGAAUUGUUGGGGGUCAGACGACGCAGAUGAACGAAUUCCCUUGGAUGGCCAGACUUUCCUAUCUGAACAAAUUCUACUGCGGAGGGACUCUGAUCAACGAUCGCUACGUGCUGACAGCCGCUCACUGCGUAAAAGGCAUCAUUUUCAGAUUUAUGUGGUUCAUGAUCAGAGUUACAUUCGGCGAACAUGACAGAUGUGACGAGAAAACAAAGCCUGCAUCAAUGUUUGUGACGAGAGCGCUGUCCGGUGAUUUCAGUUUUUUGAAUUUCGAUAACGACAUUGCAUUAUUACGAAUGAACGAACGAGUCCCCUUAACGAACACCAUUCGACCUAUUUGUCUUCCUACGGUUACAGAUAACGAUUACGUGGGAACGAAAGCAAUCGCGGCAGGAUGGGGUACCUUACACGAGGAUGGAAAGCCAUCUUGCUUGCUCCAGGAGGUCGAAGUACCAGUGAUGAGUCUUACAGACUGUCGCAACAUGAGUUACAAUCCUAGAAUGAUUUCGGACAACAUGCUAUGCGCCGGAUAUCGCGAAGGCAUGCGGGACUCCUGCCAGGGUGACAGCGGUGGACCACUCGUUGCCGAACGAGAAGACAAGAGAUACGAACUGAUCGGCGUCGUCUCUUGGGGGAAUGGCUGUGCCCGAGCAGGUUAUCCCGGCGUCUAUACCCGUAUCACUCGUUAUCUUGAUUGGAUCCUUAAAAACUCUAUCGAAGGAUGCUUUUGCGAAGAUUGAAGAUCAACUCCCGCGAUUUUCAUCUAGUUAUUAAAAUACUUCAUCGAACUAGUAACGGGCAGCUGAAUUCGUAAUUACCAUCGUUUUGCCUCCAUGAUUGACUAAUUUAUUCGAAUAAAUUCUUCCCUUUUCAAAUUAGUCUCUGCCGACAGAUCAGAUAAACAGUAGGGUCAACAAAUAUCCACGCAAUUGUACGUACGCAUAUUCGAUAUAACUGUUGAAAUUUAUUUCAUGACUGUUCCUUUGGCAUGUGUAUUGUUAUAUCGAUAAUGUUGAUAUGUUUUUAACGUUCGUGUUUCUUCGCAAUUUCUUUAUUUUUUUUUUUUAAUCUUUUCAGAGUCAUUUGAAACUGAUUCGCAAGUCAUUAUUCGAUAUCGUUCAUUGUUACAUAAUCUGCCUGUGUUAUUUAUUUUGAUCAUUCUUCAAUGGGAUUUAUGACGUGCGUUUAUAAUAUGAUAAUUAUGUAUAUGCCUACUACUUUGUCACGUAAUUUUCACGAUUAAAGUAAGAAACAAAUAACCAGA